UAAAGUGAGAAAGGCAACAUGAGCUCGAGCUCGGGCUGUGACGGACGCCAUGCGCUCUGCUCCGGUGAGCAAUUGCGCGUUACAUUAGAUGCGCAAGGUUCGAGCAGCUGGUGACACGGAGGAUCGGGAGGUUCACUGCGGUGUCGAUAAAGGGGAUCAAAAGUGUUAUUUCUGUAACAGUCACAUCAAUUCAUCGGCAUAGGAGGAACACGCAUGGGACACGCUCGAUGCGGAUGAUGCGCAUUUGGAUGUCAACAGAUCGACAACACCAGACUGAAAAGAUGCUGAUGAUAGUGGCUUAGAUUCUGUUGUUCAUCGCAAUGUGUCGGAUAUUAUAGUCAGUGUUUGAGUGACAAUCUUGGAGCGUAAAAUGGUUUAUUUGUAGUCAUGUAGUGGUUGAAGGAAUUCAGUUCAUGAUACUUUUCCUUGGAUAUUAAUGUCACUGGAUUCAUUUUUAAGGAGAUAUGAAUCAUCUACUCACUUUUGUGAGCCGUAUUCUGUCUCUGAUCGGAUGUCACGUCUGCUUUGCAGGAGCAAACCGCCCAGCAGCACCUGUCAAUGUUUCUGUUACACACCUGCAGGCGGAUUCUACUACCGUGUCCUGGAAUAUUCCGGAGGGGGAGAUCGUAAUUGGCUUUGCCAUCUCACAGCAGCGUCAGGACGGGUUAAUGCAGCGUUUCAUUCGUGAGGUGAACACCACCAGUCACGCUUGUGUUCUAUGGGACCUUAAAGAAGACACAGAUUAUAUUAUCCAGGUCCAGUCUGUCGGGCUGUACGGAGAGAGUCUGGCCAGUAAAAAGGUUCACUUCAGAACGCUGAAAAAGUCUGAGCAUUUACAAUCCACCAUGAUGAAUCAAGAUGACCCAGAGGUGGAGGGUUUAGACAUCUCCAGACAUCUUCAGACCGGAGAGAUCUUAAUUAUCAUGACUGUCCUGAUAAUGUGGGCAGCCGUGAUCGCUCUCUUCUGCAAGCAGUACGAUAUCAUCAAGGACAACGACUCCAACAAUCACAGUAAAGAGAAAAGCAAACCGCUGUCCGGCCACAGCACUCCUGAAUAUCACAACGGAGGCCUGCUGGGUAGCAAGUUUCAGAGGACGUCAUCUUCUGUCAGCAUCAUCAAGGUUUAACAGGUAUCCCAGAAUCCGGCUGUCCACAGACCUGUCAGCAGAUAUUAACUCAUGUGUUGAUACUUCAGACAAGUGUCAAACGCAAUAGAAUCAUGAACUUAUCAUUUCUCAAGUCAGAAAUUGUAAAGUAGUAUACGGGUAUUGGGUAGUUAACUCCAUUAAGAGUUGUUUUCUGGACACUGAACAAAUGGUUUCCUCAGUUACAGAGCCGUCAAAAGCAAGCGGAGCUACAGGUGCUAUGAAUAUGAGUGUUGAGACAUUUACAGUCAGAGUAAAAAUGUGUCGUUACAUUUGAGAUAAGGAUAAAUGUUCAUGGUCAUUGCAUUACAUUCAUAAAUACUUACAAGAUGCAUCAUUAGCGUAAUAAGACUUUUAAGUAUAUUAAGACUGUGUUACUAAAUGUCACUUUUAGAGUGGAUUGCACAGUGGGGUUGUUCCUGUUGUGUGUCACAUUAGACCACCAAACCAGUAAAGUUUCUGUUUUGAGCUUGUAUGUUAGGAUGGUAAUAUGUCUACACACUGGUAUUGUAAUGUGCACAUAGAUAAUAAUACUUGAUUUAUUGAUCUAAAAUAUUUUUUCUGAGUGAUUCACUGGUUUAAAGAGGCUUCAGGUAGGGUUAGUCUUGAGCAAUACUUCAUGAAUGUCCUUUUAACACUGUUUUAUUGCACAGGUUAGAAUCAGUUUUAAUAAUAAAACUGUUUUCCAAUAAAUGUCAAAUGUAAACACUU